AUGACUCCAGUCACUCCAACCGCGUCACCAACCUCAACAAUCUCGCAAGCAUCAACGACAACUACCACCUCAUCUACCUCGAUCUUGACCUCGACCUCGACUUCGACUUCGACUUCGGACCCAUCCUCGACUUCGACCCCGACCCCGACCACAGCCGCAUCAUCUGGAUCGAGGGCAGGCUCUACAAAUACUGGGGCAAUCGCCGGUGGUGUCGUCGGCGGCGUCUGUGGCGUGGCGCUAAUUGCAGUCUUGAUACGGCUUGUCUUCCGGAACCGAGCAAAAGCGUCGAAGAACCAGGAGAAACCACUUUCACCGGGAUCCGACCAGCAGAAUGUUGGCUUCUACAGCGACAGUCACGUUGUUCCUGCACAUUUCCAAGGUAAUCAAGGUCGCUCGCCCUUCCAGUCUCCUCCUGGGUCAGAUAAACCCUCUGAACUCCCAACUGAAUAUCGACCGCUUCCUGCUGAGCUUCCAUCGCGAUGA